GCUAUGGAGUGCUGAUGGACUGCUAGAUUAUAUGAAAUGCUUGGGUCCUACUGAACAAAACACAGACAUGUGUGGUGGUUUGUCCACUUUCAGUCGGGGAGGAGCCAAAUCCAAAUACCGUAUUAACCAUAGCACAAAGUGGGAUUUUGUAAAUAUUUAUUUCAUAAAAAUAUAUUUAAAUUGUAUGCUUCCAUGAAGAAAAAAACAAAUAGCUGGUGUUCCUCAUAACUGUGAGGUUGGUGAAGUCCAGCUGGUUCUGUCUGAGGGCUUCGUUCUGAACAUCAUCCAUCCAGACUGAGUCAUGGCAGCAAAGGGGAUCCAGAGAGCAGCAGAUGACAGUGAUCACAGCAUUGAAGGAGGACGUCCAAACCUCUCCGCUGAGGAGAUGAAAAUGGCAGAGGUCAGACUUUCAGAAGAUCAGGACCAGUUCAGCUGUCCAGUGUGUCUGGAUCUACUGAAGGAUCCAGUGACUAUUCCCUGUGGACACAGUUUCUGUAUGGUGUGUAUUAAUGACUUCUGGGAUCAGGAGGAUCAGAGGGGAAUCUACAGCUGCCCUCAGUGCAGAGAGACUUUCACUCCAAGGCCUGUUCUACGCAGAAACUACAUGCUGGCUAAAGCGCUGCAGAAACUGAAGAAGACAGAACUCCAAGCUGCUUCUCCUAUUCACUGUUACGCUGAACCUGGAGAUGUGGAGUGUGAUUCCUGCACUGAGAGGAAACACAAAGCCAUCAAGUCCUGUUUGGUGUGUCUGGCCUCCUUCUGUGAAACUCACAUCAGACCUCACUAUCAGUCUCUUGCCUUUAAGAAACACACACUGGUUAAAGUCAUCUCAAGACUACAAGAGAAGAUCUGCUCUCAACAUGAUAAAGUGACUGAGAUCUUCUGUCGUACUGACCAAAGCUUCGUCUGUCAUUUGUGUACAAUGUAUGAACACAAAGGUCAUGAUACAGUGUCAGUGUGAUGGGGCAAGCCAAGUCAGACACUAGCAGAUAAGAGGUAAAACUUUUAUUACAAUCCAAAUCUGUAGUGUUGAAUCAUCAAGGGUCAGAACCACAAAAACAAAGCCAGGGGUAAUCACAAUCAUGAAGAAAAAACAGUCUGAGUCAAUAACCAGAGAUCAAACAAAAAUGAUUUACCAGAGAAGAAAAGGUGAGAGCUACCACGAGUCCUGUGUCAUGCCAACAGUCAGAC